AUGGCGGAUCUCUACAAGGACAUUCGUGCGACCGUCGACGAAACCGGGCGAGAUGACCGCGUCGAAGUCAAUCAAAGAGCCUUGAUCGACAAGAUUCUCGCUCGGUACGCGUCGGCGGGAGCCGUAUACAGAGAGCUCUUACAAAAUAGCAACGAUGCCGAUGCGACGACGGCCGAAAUAUACUUUUCCACCAGUAAAGACGGUAACAUAGUGGAACAAGUUGUUUAUCGCAACAAUGGAAUGCCGUUUCGAACGCAAGAUUGGUCGCGAUUGAGAAAGAUUGCCGAAGGAAAUCCGGAUGUGUCGAAAGUAGGGGCGUUCGGUGUUGGCGCGUACACCAUGUUUAGUAUUUGCGAAGAGCCACUCGUGAUCUCCGGAACAGAGGCACUAGCUUUUGUCUGGAAAGGGGAUGCACUCUGGACCAAGUCAGCUCCCAGCAAGGCGAAAGCCACGCCAUGGACGUCGUUCGUCUUGCCAUCUCGUGAUCCUUACCCGUUGCCUGAUUUGGCUGAAUUUGGCGAGUUCCUGUGCGCUAGUCUCACAUUUACCAAGAGUUUGAAAGAGCUCCGGGUCUUUGUCAACAAUGAAGAACGUCUCUUGGUAGUCAAAAACUUGGUUCAGGAGCCGCGGCUUGUGUCGACGCCCAAACGAAGCUUGUCCUCGUGGUGGACAAGCAGUAGUGAUAGUGUUGUCACAAGCUCCCCGCGAGGCAUCUUCUUCCUUGGGCAGCGGGACCAGUCCAUUUACGAAAGCGUCUACCGUGUAACCGUUCAGCUGGAUGGUGACGUAUCCAUGACUGACGCUCGUAUUGUUUCCGCUACAGCCAAUACCAAGCUUCCUGCGGAUAUGGCACGACGAAUGGAACGCGUCACGAAGAAGAAGCCUCCCAAACAAGUUCUGGUGGAAUUCUUUUUGAACGCAGAUGAAAUACAAUCCCGACCUCUCAAUCCUGCUGAACGUGUCACGCGAUCUUUUGCCCCACAACCCGGCGCUGGUCGGAUUUUCAUCGGCUUUCGGACUUCCCAAACGACUGGCCUGGCAGCUCAUCUUGCUGCACCUUUUGUACCAACAGUCGAACGGGAAGCGAUGGAUUUGCAGGAUCCGACGCUGAGAAUUUUUAACACAGAGCUCCUGGAAUUUGCCGGGAUUGUUAUGCGCCUUUCCUUGGAUCAUUCCUUUGCAUUGCUAGAUUCGGAUUGGCAGCGAACUGCGUCUGAUCGAGAUGCGUUGGAGAACAAGCUGGAAGCUGAAGCUGCGACGGCCGCGGCACACGGUGUCUCACGUAUACCCGUUGAGAAGCAACACGACAAAGCAUGCGAUGACAACUCUGACCCCACGUCUGAAAUGAACAAGGCGAGGGGUAUCAUGGGAUUUGCUCGGUUCAUGGCAAAGAAUGCUAAGAAAUCCAUUGCCUCGGCAGUUAAAACCGUAGAAAAGAUGAUGGGAGACGGUUCAGAACUGCUCAAUCCACCCGAUCAUCGUCCGCUUUGCAAAGAGGAACGGCAAGCCAUUUUGUUGAUGCAGUCAUUUUGUCCACAACAGUCGACGCCAGACUACAUGGUUGGUACCACUAUUGCUCAGGGCUUUUCGCGUUGCAUGCCAAACUUGACCCCUCCCGUAUUGACGCGUACUGGAGUUGUUCGAGGGGAUGUUGCUCGACUGCCGCAUCAAGGAAUUGAAGGCUUCGUACGGGACAACGUCAUUCGUCGAGAUGUUUUUGAUAACGCCCGGGACUACCACAAUGUUAUUGCAGAAUGUCAAACAUUGCAGGUCGAUGACUUGCUACUCAACCUGGAGGGCUCAAUUUUGGACGAGGAGAAAGCUGUGAAACUCGUCACGUGGUGGACCAAAUACAGCCGUGUUGAUCCUAACGCGACCGCUACCAAAAGUCUGGCCUUAAAAGAUGCCAUAAGAUUUAACGAAAACCUACUGACUGAUACCAAGGACAAAACAUCCGCGGGGCGGUCUAUUGUGCUGAUGCGCAAUCUUCUUUUUUUCGUUGGUGCGGACUCUUUUUUAUCAGGCCGAAAGUUGCCACUACCGGAGACAGUGAUCCCAUCUUCAUUACAAGACAGGUUGGGGCUGGCGGUAGUAACCGACGUCUCGCUCAGAGGCUGGUUUGGACCACUGCCCAUCGAAAUUUGGGCCGACUACAUUUGCAAUACAACCUGUAUGACUGAUGGGAACCGCAGCCAAGAGAAAGAAAGGGUAGAGAUUCUCUCUAUUUUACACCAGAAUUGGAUGCAGCGCUACCCGAACGAACGCUCUGUCUUUGGAAAGUUUUGUAAAGGUCUCCUCUACAAUAAGCGGUCGAUUCCAAUUGACAACGACCAACAUAGCGAGUUUGCUGCUGAGAAACCAUCUGAACUGUAUCUGUAUUCGGCCGAAUUGAAAGCCUUUGAAGGAAUUGGAUCCUUUCACAAGGUUGGACAUUCCCUUAAACUUGCCGGCAUCAGUGAAGAGUUCUUAUUGACGCUAGGUGUGCGGAAAAGCUUGUCGAUUGAUAUUCUUUUUACAAAUUUGGACAAGCUGGCAUGGAGAAACGACCCGAAGCCGCUGAUUGAAUACUUGCGGACUGCUACCUUGACAAAGGAGGACUUUUCCAAGCUCGUGACAACAAAGUAUCUUCCGGCAGAAAACAAUUUAAAUACGUACGCGCCGUCAGAACUCUAUCUACCCUCGGACGACAUACGAAAACUAUCAUUUGUCAAAAUAUUUCAGUGGCCAUCAGAGGUUGAGAUUGCUGAGGGGUCUCGGAACGGGCAGUUUCUUGUCAAGCUUGGAAUGAAAAGCAGGCCGCCGCUAUCUACGAUACUCGACUACGUUGUGAGUGAGGUGAAAGAGGGGUCGGAGCGCAUUAAGUACUUGGAAUAUCUUUGCGACCGACUCGGACCAAAUGGCGCAUACUACAAGGAGUAUUGCAGGAUACCGCCUGCUCGUAAGCGCCAGCUUCGCAUUCUACCAUGCACGGUAGGAUCGGUGUUGUAUUCAGAUGCAGCCACAACGGAGAUCCAUUCCCCACUUUCAUGUUUUUCGGAUGAAGCGUGCAAUGUUAUGGGCUUCCCUAUCAUCGAUCCAAAACUUGGCAGCUCACGAGAUCGCUAUGGGCAAGCGUUUCAGUGCACACCAGAGCCUGAAACUGAACUUCUUCUCACGCAACUGAUGAUGCUCGUUGUACAAGCUCGAGAUCAAGCGUCGAAGGUUGGUAUUGAUGGUAAAACAGAACUUGCCACAAAGACGGAAGAUGCCUUUAAAAGUAUUUUUCGGUACUUGUCACAUCGAAGCUCGGACUUCAAUUCGACUCAAAUGAUUGCACUACGUACAGAACCCUUUAUCCCGUGUCAGGUGAAGGGAUCUAUUUCCUGGUUUAAGGUAGACCAAGUGUUCUUUCGUAGAGAGGAAGGAACGCCCGACGCAUUAACGGAAGAAUUGUUUCAGGUUGUCGACUUUAGCCCAUUCCUCGCCACUGCUGGGGUGAAGCAGGAGGCUAGUACGAGAGAUCUGUUUCAGAUAAUGCUGCUCUCGCCAAGAUCUGUAUUCGAUACUCUUGGUAGUGAAAAGAAGUACCGAAGCUUGCUACGGCGAAUUGCUGCCGAUCCACCUUUUUCUCGGGUCACUCCUCAGAUUCGGAAGUCACCGUUUUUAUUAGCCUACUUACUGGAAACAUCAGAGGGAAAGAACUGCUCGGAUUCUUCGGAAGUAGCCAAGUGCGAGUUGGCUGCUGCAGAAAGCAUAUAUAUUGUAGAUAACUCGUUUUUUGGACGGAUGUUUCCAGUCAAGCGAGCUCCCCACGAAUCCGAUCUUGAAGACUUCUACGUCGGGUUGGGUUCAAAGUAUAUAUCUAAAUCUGUCUCUCGCCGUUUUGAAGUUGUUGGGAAAGACUCUCAAGAUACGCCACUCACGAGCGCAUUGAGGGAGCGUAUUCUGGAGCGGAGUCCCCUUUUAGUGUCUCCCAGCAUCACAUCCCGGCCUCUAGUCGAAAACGCCGCAGCAAUUGUGAGCAGUGAGAACCUUGACUUUAUUCAAGCCCCUAAGCUUGUUGGCU